GGGGGCACUUUAAAUUGUCCUUCCAGGCGUUCGGUAACAAGGGACGAGACAACAGGCUCUUCAGAAUGGCCCCAAAGAAAGCCAAGAAGAAGGAGGCUGCUAGCUCCAAUGUCUUCAGUAUGUUUGAGCAGUCCCAGAUCCAGGAGUUCAAAGAGGCGUUCACCAUCAUGGACCAGAACAGGGACGGCUUCAUCGACAAGAACGACCUGAGGGACACUUUUGCGGCUCUGGGGCGUCUAAACGUUGGUAACGACGAGCUGGACGAGAUGCUGAAGGAGGCCCCCGGCGCCAUCAACUUCACCGUGUUCCUCACCAUGUUCGGAGAGAAGCUGAAAGGAACGGAUCCAGAGGAGACCAUCCUCAAUGCCUUCAAGAUCUUUGACCCAGAAGGAAAAGGAAUUCUUCGAGGGGAUGAAAUCAAAUACUAUCUCAUGUCUCAGGCGGACAAGUUCACAGAGGCUGAGGUUAACCAGAUGUUUACCAACUUCCCCCUGGAUGUUGCCGGGAACCUGGACUACAAAAACCUGUGUUACGUCAUCACCCACGGAGAGGACAAGGAGCAAGAGUAAGCGGAGUUCAGCCUCUGGGCUUCGCCUGUAAAUAGUGUUUUAACAUCCUGAGCGUGUCCCACGUCCUUUAGCCCUGUCAAUAAAACCCCCAUACCAA